AACUUGAUCUUAUUUUGAAGUCGUAGCGGAAGUUGUUUUGAGAUUGACGCGGAUAUAAAUCUGCGUUAUUUUAACUCUCUGUGUUUUAAAGUAAACGUAACACUAACUACUUCCUGUUCACAGAAUGAGCUUUUAUGUCUGUUUUAAUCAAUUAGAUUAAAUCAAAGUUCUCUUUAAACGUUUAAUGUUGUUUUAACUCUUCCGGUUAGCUUAGCCGUUAGCUUCGCUUCCAACAUGGAUGACCGGUACAUUAAACCAGGUAACCAGGAGCGGGGAUGGAACGACCCCCCUCAGUUCUCGUACGGCCUUCAGAUGACCCGCGGGCCACAGAGGAACCUCCUGAACAAGAGAGCAGCUCCACCAGCAUCUGAUGCCGGAGCCCCGCCCAUGGCCCCUGUCACUUCCAAUCCUCUGGCCCCUCCCCCAUGUGGUGUAGCCCCGCCUCCUCUGGGCCCAGCUCGGCCUCCUGCUGGCGGGGUAGCCACGCCCCCUCCUCUCGGUCCAAUGAGAAGUCAGAAGGAUAUCGACAGCAGCCAAUCAGAGAGCGAGCCUGAUGUGGAGGCCGUGAUGUUGGUGCUGAACAGAGCGCUCGCUGCCUGCAGACAGAACGUCUCUGAUCAGGUGUGUAACGAUGUGGCAAAGAGGCUCCGCCUCCUGGAGGACAGCUGGAGGUCAGGUAGACUCAGCCUACCUGUGAGGAGACGCAUGGACAACCUGUCUCUGGAGCUGCGGUCUGGUAGAUGGGACUCUGCUGAUGAGCUGCAUCGUUCCCUGAUGGUCGAUCAUGUGACCGAGGUCAGCCAAUGGAUGGUUGGUGUCAAACGACUCAUCGCUGAGACCCGAAAGCUCAGACCAGAACUCUUAGAACCAGUCCAGGACACUGCAGGACCAGUCCAGGACGCUGCAGAACCAGUCCAGGAUGCUGCAGAACCAGUCCAGGACCCUGCAGAACCGGUCCAGGACCCUGCAGGACCAGUCCAGGACCCUGCAGAUCCAGUCCAGGACUCUAAGGAACCAGACUCUGUCUCUCAGUCCUGAUCCUUCUCGUCCUGCAGGACUCGCAGGUUCUUUCUCUCUUUGAAAACUUUGAAUCUUUCAACCAAAACCAGGACCUGGUGCUGCUGGUCCUCAGUCGUCCUGUCAUGUGACCAGAUCACAUGUUGUGUUUCCACCAAUCACAGCGGAGCUCCAUUCAAACUUUCAGACCGACGAAUCAUCAAGUAGAAACUUUAAAACAGCAAAACUCAGCUGUUCAUUAUGUAACAACUAAACUGAAACAUUAAAUUCAGUCUUCCAGUCA